GCGGGAGAUGCAAGUAAGCAGGAAGCAAGUUUUUCAUUUCUAAGAGAGAGUUACAACAGCAGAGCCAGGAAACACAUAGCAUUUCUUUUAGUAAUGGAUACUGAUGUCCCUGUGCAGACAAAGGAAUGGAAGAACACCAAGGAGGCGGUUGCCAACUUUCGACGACUGCUACUUUGUUCCAAAUGCUCAAAUUUAAUGAAGGAUCCUGUGUGUCUAGGAACGUGCGAGCAUAUGCUGUGCAGGUUCUGUGCUGGCCCCCAGGCAGGAGAUGGCUGCGUGGUGUGUCACAGCCCUGCGUGGGUGAAGGACAUCCAAAUCAACAGGCAGCUCAGUAGCAUCAUACAGCUCUUCUGCAGUCUGGAGUCCCUGCUCAGUCCCAUAGAACAACCAGACUCCCCUCCAGCCGAGACUCAAACACAACCCGAGAGCCUUGCCAUCGGACAAAAGAAGAACUUCAAGAUCUGGUUCAGCCCCCGCAGCCGCAAGGUACGCUGCAUCGUGGAGAAGCCUUCACAGGCCACCGUACCGGAGAGCAGGUCUUCCGGAGAGACAGCUACAACACAGCCAGACACCUUUACAGUUCAACGUCAGGACUUGUCAGUUUUCAAUUUCAUCUCGUCCUCUCAGGACUCCGGCUCUUCUUGUUCUCAAAGAUGCGAACAUGAAAGCAGAUCCAGGAAGAAGAGGUCGGCUAAGAAAAAUGCUGCCAGCAAGAAGGUGUCGGUGCGAGGAGCCCCUAGGACCACACGAAAACAGACCAAGCAGAAGAUGAAGAAGAAUAGGCUGGAUGCCAUAAACCAGCAAUGGGGGAUCACCGAGGAGGUAGAUGCCUUAAAAGAAAAGGAGCAGUUCUGUGCUGAAGGGGCAAGGAGGUCCAGUAAAAGGGUUUCUUUCUUAAGCCCUGAUGUCACAUCUGACGAGACUCAGCCUGACGUGCCACAGAGGAGUACUAAUGAACUCAGCCCUGGCAGCAGCACCAUGAGGGAGAGUCUCUCAGGAAGCGGCGUCACUGUACUGAAUGACCAAACCCAGCCUGGUCAGAGCAUGUCAGACAGCGUCCUCCCGCAUGACAAAUUGUCUGCAAAUGACCCCAUCCCAUCUGACAAUCUUGAAAAACAGAACAACCUAUGUCCCUCAAAACAUUCCUCAAAAAGAGCCAGAAUGGAGGACAAGGUCGCCACAUUGGAGACCACGCCAAAAAGGCCCAGGGCUUCCCCAGGCAGGAAGAGAAAAUCACAGAUGUCUCCAGCUGUCCUUAACCCCCUGUCUUCGACUAGCCCCAGGUGUGAAAAGAGCAUCAAAACCUCAAGAGAAGGAGACAGCCCCACUGUUGGUAGAAAAUCUCCCUGUACUGGCCGUGCAUCUGUUGGACAGGCCACCUCGGGGAGCCCUGCAGUUAUGAAGAGGAACCACAAGGGAGAGACCCUGCUGCAUCUAGCUGCUAUAAAGGGAGAUGUUGAGGCUGUCAAGGAACUGCUGGACCAAGGGGCUGACCCUAACCUGAAGGAUAAUGCUGGGUGGACACCCCUGCACGAAGCGUGCAACCUUGGUCACCUGGCGGUUGUGGAGACGUUGGUCUCGAGUGGAGCCCUCUUGAAUACACCUGGCUAUGAAAAUGACUCACCACUCCAUGACGCAGUGAGGAAUGGUCACCCAGCCAUCGUCAAACUGCUGCUGAAGCUUGGAGCCUCGCAGAACGUGCUAAAUCUGUAUGGAAAACGGCCUGCAGAUUACACAGCGAGUCUGGAGAUGCUGGAGAUUUUCCAGGAAGCCUCGGAAGGAGCCCAAUAUGCUAAUACAUCUCUUAGCCCUUCAGCCAGUCUCUCUGUGGUGAGCGACUGUGUGAGGAGGGAUGAAACUAUGGUGUUUCUGGCCAGCAAGCUGUCGCAGCCAGAACAGCAUCAACUGGCCAAACUGGGAGAGCUCCUGGGAGGGAAGAUUGCUGACACCUUCUCUGGCUCAGGGGUGGAGGCAUGUCUGCAGGCAGGCAAGUGGAUGCCCGAAAUUGAGCACGAAGCGGGAGAAGGCCCCCAGCGCAGUCGCAUCAACAGAUGUAGCUUGCUCCCACCACUCUUCGAUGGCUGUUUCUUCUUCCUCCUUGGCUCCUUUAAGGCGCCUUCCAAAGACGAACUUACCAAGCUGCUCCGGGAGGGGGGAGGCCAACUACUGGCCCGGCAGCCCAAGCCUGACAGCGACGUGACACAAACCCUGAGUGCUGCUUCCUACCACGCACUGCCAGGCUCCGACCAGGCCCUCUGCACCCAGUACAUCAUCUUUGACCCCCAGGGGCCUCACAAACCGACAGUAGUGAGGCGAGGUAAGGUGUGGUCAGCUCCCUCCACCUGGCUCAUCAACUGCAUCACAGCCUUCCGCCUCCUCCCCGUGCCGGACCCUCAAAUGUUGGUCUGAAUAAUUUUUUCUUACGUUACAUUAAUAACUGAAUAAUAACUGAGUUAUUACUAAUGUGUUUUUUUGUUUUUUUAAUAUUGAUCAAGUUGACACAAAUUACUAAAACAAUAAUGUGACUUAAAAUCUAAAAUUAAAGUGGUAAUCUGCA